AUGGCAGCUUCUGCACCACUCUCCGCUACCACCGUUGGUGUUGAAGAUGUAGCCGACAUAGAGGUCUUAGAGAUGGAGUACCUCUUUGAGAAGCUUUUGAUGCCAAGCGACAUGUGUGGGAGCACCGAAUGGCUUGGGAUUCCAGAAGAGCAUGCUUGGAAACUAGGAAGGAUGGUCCAGGACCAGGACGGGUACUUCACCGUCUUCGUCGAGGAUGGCGUGGUGCCUGGGAAGCAGUGGCACUUCAGGUAUUGGGGGAACAAGAAGAUUCAUGGCCUGACCAAAGGCUGGCGAUGCUUUGUUAGUGAGAAGGGCCUCAAAGCCGGAGACACCGUCUCCUUCUUCCGUGGAGCUGUGUGCAGUCGACUCUUCAUCUGCUAUAGGUCAGGGGCUCGUGCAAACCUUUGUUCAUUCGCCACAUCACCUCAUGGCUUGUCUGCACCGUUAGGACAAGCCAGGCCACGUGCUGUGAAUGAAGUUGGUGGCCGUGGACAGAGAAGGCAAACAUCCUCAGGACGUUCAGGGGCGCUGCCACUGCCGCUGCCUGUGUCGUCGCGCCGUCGACACCGCACCUCGGUGGUGCGCCCAAUACCAGAGCCCAUGACAGAGAUGCCACCGAUUCUUGAAUCCAUGUUCCUCGUUGCGACACCACCUGCAGUGAAGACCAUACGUCUCUUUGGAGUUGACAUUAAGGUGCCACUGCCCUCUAUUGUUCAGCCAAAAAGAGAAUCCAACCCAUGA